AGCACUUGUUGAGGCUCUUGUUCUUAGAUUUUCCUUCUGAUAAACUUCCAAAAAUGUCAGAACCUUCACAACUUAUGACAGAAAAUACACGUUCUGAUCUUUAUGUUGCACUCCCUGUUCUCAGUCAAGGAAAGAAAUGGGUCUUACUAUACAGUACAUGGAGGCAUGGCAUAUCUCUUUCAACCUUAUAUAGAAGAAGCAAUCUUUGCCCUGGGUUAAGUCUACUGGUUGUUGGAGAUCGUAAAGGUGCAGUGUUUGGUGGUUUAGUUGAGGCACCUUUGAAACCAUCAACAAAGAAAAGAUACCAGGGAUCGAAUGAUACAUUUGUGUUUACAAAUACACCAGGGCGUCCUGUUAUAUAUCGCCCCACAGGGGUGAAUCGGUAUUUUACUCUUUGUUCAACUGAGUAUUUAGCGCUUGGUGGGGGAAAUCAUUUUACAUUGUAUCUCGAUAGUGACUUAUUGAAUGGGUCAAGUUUGGCCUCAGAAACUUAUGGUAACUCUUGUUUGUCACACACCCAAGAAUUUGAAGUGAAGGAAAUUGAGCUGUGGGGGUUUGUAUAUGCUUCAGAGUAUGAAGAGGCGAUAUCAAUGUUGAGGACAGAAGCACCUGGGAUAUGUCGAUGGUUUAUACUGCCCCUGAUUCUGCCUGGUAUAAAAUGCCUAAGUCUACAAGGUGAGCUUUGUGGUUGGACAUGCUUUUACAUUGGUGUGGCUGCUGUUGCUUUUGGAUGCUCUUAUUAUCACCUCAAACCAAAUGAUGGUCACCUUGUUUGGGAUCGUUUGCCUAUGCAAAUGAGGAAUCUUCACGAUCACAUGCCAUUCUUCGUUCAUAAAUCUUGCAGGAAAUGAAAGAGGUGCAGAUACAACUGAUAAUGAUAAGAAAACAAGGCUUGGCCUGUGGGUACUCCAAGGCCUGUUGCUUUCAAGCUUGUUGCUGAUACCCCUCUUCUUACUGGACAGCAAACAAUCUUUCUUUUCUUUCUAGACAUGAUUAAAGGCAUGUUUUUGGCUGUAGUUAUUGGACCACCUGUUGUGGUUGCCAUCAUUUUAAUAGUACAGUAAGGAGAGCAUUCUAAACAUUCUGGAAACUUUAAAAGAAGAGGGAAAUAGGGUCUUGUUCAAUGCUUUAGCUGUGUUUGCUCUAAGGGAGAUCAACUUAUCACAACAGGUGAGUAAUCAAGAUUAAGGGAGACUUGUAAUCAUGUUUGACAUUCCUUUCCAGUAAGAAAAAGAGUUGUAUGAUUAUUUGUUAGUUUUAUAGGAAUGUAUAACCCAUGUUAGCAAUGUUUUAUUUUUGUUUAACAUUUGAAUGAUUCUUUGUAUGACAUUACAAUUUGUGUAAUUUAUUUUA